CAAGCAGGACAGCAGGAUGCAAAGCUCCUACUUGUCUCCUUAAGAUUCCCUGCUGCUUUAUGAGUCUCAGGGCUCAGCUCGGUAGAACAGAGGGAGAGAGCAAGGGGGUGAGAAAGGCAGAGGUCAAUUUCUUUCUGUUUGUACCCAGGGCUUAGGAGGAAGGGCACGUUCUGGGUUGCAGGCUGCAAAAAUGUCUCUCCAGGUUUCUCCCCAGGCGCCGUGGAGGAACAACAAUGUCACUUUUUCAAACAAAGAGGUUCCUGUCUCGGAACAAGGAGAGACUAUUAUUGGCUUCUAUCUUCUGGCUCUAGGUUGGAUGUCUUGGUUUGGUAACAGCAUUGUAAUCUUUGUACUGUACAGACAGCGAGCUGCACUUCAGCCGACAGAUUACCUGACAUUUAACCUGGCUGUAUCUGAUGCCAGUGUCUCUGUUUUUGGUUAUUCCCGGGGGAUAAUAGAAAUCUUCAACGUAUUCAGAGAUGAUGGAUUCCUAAUCACAUCAAUAUGGACGUGCCAGGUGGAUGGAUUUCUGACACUACUGUUUGGUCUUGCAAGCAUUAAUACACUGACAGUGAUUAGUGUGACCCGGUAUAUAAAAGGAUGCCAUCCUGACCGAGGACAGUGUAUCAGCAAUAGCAGCAUCUCUGUGGCCCUUUGUCUGAUAUGGAUUGCAGCUUUCUUCUGGUCGGUGGCUCCAGUCCUGGGAUGGGGCAGUUAUACAGAUCGCAUGUAUGGAACUUGUGAAAUCGACUGGGCAAAAGCCAACUUCUCAACAAUCUACAAGUCUUACAUUGUGUCCAUAUUCAUCUGCUGUUUUUUCCUACCUGUAUCUGUCAUGGUUUUUUCCUAUGUAUCCAUCAUUAAUACAGUCAAGUCAAGCCACGCUCUAAGUGGAGUGGGUGAUCCAACAGAGAGGCAGAGGCGUAUGGAACGAAGUGUCACAAGGGUUUCCAUCGUGAUCUGCACUGCCUUUAUCACGGCCUGGUCCCCGUAUGCUGUCAUUUCCAUGUGGUCUGCCUAUGGUUACGCUGUGCCCAAUUUAACUAGCAUCCUUGCCAGCCUUUUUGCGAAGUCUGCCAGCUUUUACAAUCCCAUCAUUUACUUUGGAAUGAGCUCCAAAUUCCGAAGGGACAUCUUUGUCUUGCUCCACUGUGCCAAAGAGAUCAAGGAUCCUGUGAAGCUCAAACGGUUCAAGAACCUCAAGCAGAAACAGGAAGUUUCACCUUCUCAAAGAGAAGAAAAAUACGCUGCAGAUGUCCAGCCUGCUCUAAGCCCUGAUUCUGGGGUAGGGAGUCGUUCAAACACUCCUCCUCCAGUAAACAGGGAAGUGUAUUUCGGUGCUUUUGAUAACUUUUCCAACAAUCCUGAUGUUGAAUGUGAUAGACUGUGAGCGCACUCUCUUCUCAUAUGGUCCACCCAGGGAAUACAUCCAAUAGAACAUGCUUGCCUCCUCCAGUUGAGGUCCCCUACAUGUGUGUUGGGCUACAGUAGCCAUCAACCCACACCAAUCAGUGUCUGGGUGAUGGGAAUUGUAGUACAACACAUCUGGAGAUCCUCUAGCUGGAGUACUGAUUGGCCAAAAAUUACCUUUCAUCUCUAUCUCUUCCAUAGGUAUGAAUAUGACAUACACUAGUUUGUCUGGAAAUGGAAAAAAAACACAUGUGCAGAGUAUGUAGGAGGGUUAUAAAAUUGCUAUGUAGACGAUUAAACCUGAAGGAGGGUGGAAUACCUUGUAUGCAUAGGGAUUCAUUUUCCCCUUUCCAGCUGCAAGCCUGAAAGACUUUUGUAGAAAAUCCACCUGUUGGCAUGUAAAAGAAAUUACUAAUUUUUUCCCUAUCUAAUAAUAUAAUUUGAAGUUA